CCCGGUCUUGUUGUAACAAUUAAUAAGCCUAACCAGAUAUAUACAGAGAGAGAGAGCGAGGGAGAGAGAGAGAGAGAGAGAGAUCUCCGUUUCAGCUCCGGUAAGUUUCAGAAGCAAUCGAACAUGUUAAGUUCUUGUAACAAAGAUAUUCUUGAAGUGGUAAAUGGAUAACAUUGUGGACUCGUUGAACAAAGCCUACGAGAAGUUCGUUAUCGCCUCAGCUGAUGUUCUCGAGUCCAAAGAGAGUGCAGGCGGGCUAAAAGCCUCUCUCACCGACGCUGCGUUAGAGAAUUUCAAGGAGAAGUGGGAGCUGUUCCGCGUGGCGUGCGAUCAAGCUGAGGAGUUUGUGGAGUCGGUGAAGCAGAGGAUUGGAUCCGAGUGUUUGGUUGAUGAGGCUACUGGCUUAACAACAACAACAACAGGAGGAGGAGGUAGUAACUCAGGCCAAAGCGUUGGCGCUGCGACUAGUCUCCCUCCCAUUAGCGCGGUGAGGCUGGAACAGAUGAGUAGAGCGGUUAGAUGGCUUGUGCUUGAGCUGCAACGUGGGUCUGGUGGUGCGGCUGCUGGUUCUGUGCAUUCUCCUAGGUUCUCUGAAGACUCCACUCAAUAGAGUGUGUGUCCUACUACUUACUACACACUCCUUUUCUAAUCUAAAACUUCAGCGGCAUUACUCUUUUGAGUCUUUAUAUUCUGACCAAGCAAGAAGCAAUACUUGAUUGCUGAACCGUUUGAUUUGUAGGAGUUUUGAGUGUUUGUUCUGAAUAUCAAGUAAAGAGAGACUGUUUUUAUCUUUUUGUAAUUCUUUUUAUAUUAUUAUGUUUCUGUUUGGUUAGUGUGGUU